CGGCGGGGCCCGGCCGCAACGCCGCCGCAGCUGCGCCGGGGGCCACCGCCGCGACGCGCUUCUCCGUCGUCGACGCCGCCACCCACGAGCUCGCCUACACGCUGCUGACCGAGUUCGGCCGCGGCAGGGCCCGCCGGAGGAGCGUUGCCGUCGGCAGCGUGCGCCGCAGCGUGCGCGUCUACGACUUUGACGAGGUGGCACAGCUCUUUACAGCCGGCCGCCACGCCGGCGGCACAGCUAGGUUCGCCCACGGCGGUGAGCCCUCCCCAGCUGCCGUCUUGAGCGCCUCGGACACGGCCUGGCGGGUCUGGCUCUGCGAGCCUAUGGGCACCGCGACGGCGUACUUUCCGCCGCACACCGUGUCCCGCAUCGGCACCAUCGAUCUGCCGCAGUCCAAGCGGCGGCUCCGAUGGCGCGCGACGAGCCCGCUCGGCAUGGUCGAUGACGACCUAUGCCCGAGUCCUGGCGGCGAUGACGUUGUUCCUGCCGUCGACGAGGCCGAGGAUGCUGACCCUCCUGCCGCCAGUGCCAUUAGCGCCCCGAGGCCCAUCAGCAACCACAGCGCCUUCAAGCUCGUCUCGAUGGACGAGCGCGCCGCUGGCGCCGGCGGGCCCGCACCGCCCGUGGUGGCCAGGUUCGACCGCGUUGGCGACGUCGGGUGCACGCGCAUGGAGGGCCAGCUGCGCGUGUACAACGUGGAGGACUACGAGCUCGAGGUCGGCGGGAGGGAGGUCCUGGACGUGCUGAUGCUGCUGUCCCUGUCGUCGGUCGUACGCCCGCUGGGCUUCCGCCAGGCCAAGGGGGCGGCUGGAAAGGAUAGCGAGGAGGUGUCACCUACGUAGAUGGUGGCUUGGGAGAAUGAGAAGAACGAAAGGCCACACAAGGAUGAAAUUCAUUCAGUAGUUCGUUCUCUGGGUAUCUUAAAAUUUUAGACGUACUAGCGGCGGUGCUGUGAUGCCUGCCUGCGUCCCUCUGGCCUCGUGCUCCAAAAAUAAAGAAAAGGCGAAGACGGGAAAGUUGUACAGAAAUGCGAAGACAAAAGACUCCUGCUAUCGCCUUCCCAAUCCGCCAGUCAACCCUCAAUCUGCUCCUUGGCAUCUACUGCCGCGCC